CCCGCGUCCACUCUCAGUGAAGAAGAUGUAACACUGACGUCACGCGGAAGUAAACAUCUCAGCGACAAAUUGACAAAAUACUUGUCAAUUCUCAGAAAGAUAAACUGUUAAUUUCAGCUCCCAAAUUAUAUUUAGUAGUUGCCACUUGGGUGGAAAGCGACCAUGAGAAACGACUAUAGUCAUGCGUACUACAUACCAGCAAGAAAAAUGACAAGCAAAUAACGAAAGUAAUUAAAGCGUCAUGCGGUAUCGUGUAUGGUCAUGGUUGGAAUCAGAACGUCCAGUAUUCUUACUUGGAACAACCCUACUGGUAGGGCUUAUGUUGUUAUUAUAUGUUGGCGGCAUCCAAGCAAGUCUCAGUUUAGGUCCAGGUGGAGACUUCCCACGUUUCAGAGAUGUGUUCCUGUAUGCUCUCAGUCAUGAUGAUGUUCCUUCCCUGGUGGUCAGUGUGGCUCUCCUGCUCUUCUUUGGACCUUGGCAGGAGCGUCGCUGGGGAACAGUCGCCUUCCUCGCACUGUCCACCUUGACAAUGACCAUAUUGCCUUUUGUGUACACCCUGGUCCUCUUCGUCUUUAGCUUUGAGGCCAGCCUGGUCUGUGGCUAUGCUGCCAUCCAGUUGGCAUUGUUUACAGCCCAGUGUCAUCACAUGACUAGGAGGCGACUACAUAGGUGGUUGCCUGUUUGGAUUCUGCCCUGGUUGCUCCUGCUGCUGUGUCUGAUUAUACUCCCCGGAACACCGGCCCUGCUCAACUUCUGCGCAAUAUGCAUUGGUCAUAAUUACAGUCAGACCUUCAUCGGGAUGCUGCAGGAGUUGGUAGAAGCCAAUGUCCUGAGCUUCAUCCCCGCUGCAGCAUACAUUCUUACUACAUCCAGACCCACAUUGCCAACCUACAGAACACCACAGAUGUCGGGAUCACAUUCUGCGGUUGUUUAUGAUGAUCAGACAAUAUCACCUUCUAUGAGGGACCCCUUCAUUUUGAACCACCACCAGUGGGAGGAGCCUCAGGAGCUUAUUGCCCUUUCUGAAGCAGAGGUGUUGGAGGAACAGAUGCUGAGGGCUGGAAUUAUUGCCUCCUUACAGGAUGCACCAGAGCAUGUGAACGUAAAAGUGGAAAUGACAAAAUCGUCUGUUUCGGCUCUGAGGCUACAACAGCUUGAGAAGAUGGGCUUCCCCACAGAAAAAGCUGUAGUGGCGCUUGCAGCGUCGAAACAGCUGGAUGGUGCCAUCUCCCUGCUCAUAGAUGAUCGAGUUGGCGAGCAGGCUGUAGUGGUAACAAAGGGAAGGACGGCAGCGCCACCUAAAAACCCUUAGGUAUCUUAUGGUGACACUAUCUAACAAUCUGAAACAGGCUUGGCCUUUUUAUGACAAACUACAGACUCUUGUUUGGGUUUUUGCUGAGCUGCAACAAUUGGCUACAGGUUUUUUUUCACAACUGUAAGAAACCUCCUGGUUGCAGCAUAAUAUUGCACUGCAUUUUGCCGCAAUUGUGUUCAUUCAUUAUUUUUAAUCAGUAGAGAACCAAAUGUACUUGGAACGGCCCCAUUCCAUCACCAAACUCGAUAUGGUGCCCUCUCUUGGUAUGACGCCAUCUACAGAACUGGAGCCCAUUUCCCCGGAAAGACAGCGUGGAUAAAUACAUAAAAACUAUUAUUUAAAUCUCCUACUUGCAGGUUUUUGUGGUCAUGGUCCAUGAUUACUUGUACUUAUGAUUAAAAAGGGAACAUAAAAGUA